AUGCCCGUACCGGUCUACACGGACAGCCCUAUCACUGCGGCGGCGAAGCCCUCGGGAGUAACACCCCAGACGGCUGCACCGGCAGGCAUGCCAAAGCAGCCAGCACCGACGCCUACCAGUGCUACCACCACUCAGCAGCCUUCAUAUCCCGCGGCCCAGCCAGGAGCAGUACCGACGCUGCCAACACCAACAGCUGCAGCUCAAGCAUAUGCCCCAGCCAGCAACGGCCCUGCACCUCCUCAACCGGGUGCCGCUCCUGUCAGCAUCCCUCCGCCACCAAAGGCCGGCGAGAAAUAUCAACCACCUCAGCAGACCCCCGCGCCCCAACCGGCGACCAUGCCGUACCCUCAGCAGAUGUCGGUCCCAUCACCAACUGCAACUCAUCCAUCGCAGCAGCGCGGCACGUCUACGGCGGCGAUACCUCAGCCCUCACCGUUUGGCGCCCAACUUCCCGUCGGCCUGGGCGGCCAGGAUGGACAGAGUCUGCAGCAUCCCCCGGGCUAUCACCAGAACGCGAAUGCGUCCGAACUUGACAGGUACCAGAGGUCGGCCAUCCAGCAGAGUGAGUUCGACGGCAAGACAGGUGAAGAGUCGGAGGAGGGUAUAUGGGGUACGGCUAAGAAGUGGGCUCAGCAGACGGGCGAGAAGCUCGUUACUGCCGAGCAUGAGGUGUGGAAGAAGAUCAACAAGGAAUAA